AUGCACCUCAGUCGUCUUCUCCAACCUCGAACAAGUCACAUUCCAGUACUACCCGCAGGAAGCAACAAACCAGCGAGUACUAUUAUUCACGUUCACGUUCACGUUCAACAUGUCACCAGUCGACCACGUCUCCCUGCCAUGCCACUUCAGCAAAGUCGGCGCCGAAGUCGCCUUUCUCGUCGCCGCGUUCGGACACAUGGGUCUGAAGGAGUUGAUACGUUUUGGGCCCGGUGUUGUCGGGCUUGGUACUGAUAGCCCCUGGCUCUGGGUGUCCGGUCUCCAUAAUAGCACGCGCGAGGAGGUCGAGGACGACGUGCAGAUCUCCACCGUGCAUUUGGCGGUGACGGCCAAAGACCGUGGUGACGUCGACGCAUUCCAUGCUGCGGCUGUCAAGGCCGGCGGGACGGAUCAUGGCGCGCCGGGGGUCAGGGCCAUGUAUCAUCCGAAUUACUACGGGGCGUUUGCGAUCAGUCCGGCCGGACAUAAUAUUGAGGCCGUGACGCAUGAGCCUGCUUGACGAGUAAGGGAGUUUUCGCCGCUCCGAACAAUGCAUGCGGCAGUGGGGAUGGCGAGUCGUGGGAGGACGUCCGUUGGGUUGGAGGGAACGGAUGGAAUUGGGAAUGGGAAAAGAAGGGCCAGUGGAGGGUUGAACUUCCAAUUCGACAGAGGAAGAGGGAGGGAGCGGAACAGGGUUGCUGGGAUUGCAGGGAUAUUUAUGAAAUAUUGAGACAUUGAGAGAAUGAGAUCAUAGUCGAUUAUGAUCUUUGAGUACCUCAUGAUACACUGGCACUGACAUUGAGACAAUUCGUCUUUUUGCGGAUCGGGC